GACUUUGGGCUACAAACGUAUUAUAAUUUCUGGCCACCUCGUGGUUUCCAUAGGAACCAGGCCGAGGCCCCGCCAUGAGCCUGAGCCGCGGUCUCCGCCGCCUUGUCAGCCUCCGGCCUGCCUUGGGGCUCGGCGGCGGCGGCUUCAGGAGGCAGGGGCCCGGGCUCCUCUCCGCCUCCUGCUGCUCAUGCCCCGCGGUUCGAGGCUUCACUCCCGGCCGGACCCUGCGGGCCGCGGCGCCGCUGGCAGAGACGCCCCCAACCCACUACCAGCUGUCCUACACCUGCAAGGUUUGCAAUACAAGAUCUACAAAAAACAUCUCAAAAUUGGCUUAUCACAACGGAGUAGUUAUUGUAAAAUGUCCAGGAUGUGACAAUCACCACAUCAUAGCAGAUAAUUUACGAUGGUUUGCAGACCUUGAGGGGAAAAAGAACAUUGAAGAAAUAUUGGCAGCAAAAGGCGAGCUGGUUAGACGAGUUAACCGGGUGGUCGGGGAAAAUUCCUUAGAAAUUAUUGGUGAAGAAAUUGUGGGCAGCCAACCCACAGAUUUACCCGAGGAUAAACCCAAACAACUCACAGACUCAGAGGAGCAAGUAAAAAGCUAGCACUGCUGUACCGUGGAAUCUUCCGACAAACGUAUUAUUCAUUUGUACCGAAUAAACGAUUUAAGGGAUGA